GGUGCCCACCAAUGAGUGAACGACAAAUCUUCGGCUUUUGCAGAACACUUGUGGGGGGUUGGGACGAUUUUAUUUGAGCAGCGUGUGGUUUUGCUACUUUAUGCAUAAGAAAAUUCUCUUGAACUGUGAUCUUCGCUUAUAUUCAGGCAGCAAAAGGAGGCAAGCAAGCAUUGCGGGGAAGUGCAUUUAUGGCAGCUCAAAAUAUGAGCACUUGCCUUGUGAUUCGGGCGCCUAACCAAAAAUUUGGAGACCAACAGGUGUAUUGCUCCUUGGACUGGUCCGUGCAGCAGCUCAAGCAGCACCUCUCCAAAGUCUACCCAAAUAAGCCUAGGCCAGAAGAUCAGAAGCUGAUCUAUUCAGGACAGCUGCUAGAAGAUGAAACAGCUUUGAAAGAUGUGUUUCGAAUGGAUCUUGGGAAGACACACAUCCUUCACCUGGUUUGCAGGCCAGCAAGAGACUCUCCUGAUGGUUCACAUUCUCCCAUUCCCCUUAUGGCUAUGAGCCAGCCUGAUUUGGGCAUGGCUGGUGGGUCAACAUCAAAUGUGCCUUCGACUUCGUCUGUGGCCUCAGCUUCAUCAGCUGUUGGCAGUGAUGGGCUUCGGCAUAGAAGCGCCAGCUCUGGUGCAGUGCCCAAUGGUCAGAUGCCUUUUGCUGUGGGAAUGCCAGCAGGAGCGUCAAGCCCCGAGCAGCUGAUUCAGCAGGUGGCUCUUGCUCAGCAACUGUAUGCACACUACUUCACCCAGUACAUGCAUCUCAUGCACCAGGCAGCACCUGCCCCUGUGGCCCAAGCCAAUGCUCCAGUUCCACCCAGUCCACAAGCUGCAGCGCCUGCUGCUCCUGCAGCGCCUCCUCCAGCACCACGCGUUGCCCCAGACAACCGAGGACCACGCAUGAAUGCCCAGGGUGGCCCACUGCUGGAUGAGGAGGAAGAGGAAGCGGCUCAACGUGACUGGCUGGACUGGGUUUACACUGUGAGCAGGGCAACUGUCCUGCUGAGCAUUGUCUACUUCUACUCCUCCUUCGGAAGGUUCCUUGUCGUCACUGGCAUCGCUCUGCUUAUGUACCUGUACCAAGGAGGCUGGUUUGCAGCUCCACGGCAGCCGCAGCAGCCAGAGCGUGGGCACGACCGGAAUCGUGCGAGAGAGGCCAACCAGCAGCAGCAGGCAGACCAUCCUGCUGCCGAGAUUCAGGAGAGACCACAGGGACAGGCUGGCCCAGAGCAACUUGAAGAAGCAAUGGACCAAGAUGGCAGUGGGGAAGCAGCACCAAACCUACCACCACCAGAGCCUGAGGUGUCGCCCAUCACAACAGCCUGGACCUUUGUGGCAACCUUCUUCACCUCGCUUAUCCCAGAACAGCCGCCACCGGUCAACGCCAACUGAAGUUCCUCCUCUGUCGGCAUUUUUUUUUUUUUUCGAUGUUCGAUAGAGACUUUUGAAUGUUUAUAGAGAUGGAAAAAAAUGCAUGGCACAAGGAGCUGUAUGAAUGAAGCAUGUGGCCAAGACAGA